CUUGAUGGUCUACGCGACGUACCUACAUAAAAUCAUUUUGUGGAAAAUUUGAAGUUUGUUGAUAUAUUGGUGACAAACCAUUCAUAUUAUUUAUGAAAGCUUCGUGCUAAUUACCAUUCCAGGCGCGAGGCUGUGAUCAUCAGGUGGUGGUCAGCCUGGAUGCGUUCAGUCACUAUUGUUGUACAGUUCGAGCGGUGUACGGUAGCCAUCUUGGAAUCGAACAAAGCUUCAGAUGUGUAGUUUGUCUGUUUAUCAAUAAUUUUUGUGCAUUUUGUUGUAAAUAGUUUGUAUGUUUAGGAUAUGUACGAAACGUUCGUCCACAUGUGUAAAUAGCUAUGGCUGCGACAAGAAAAUUACAAGGUGAAAUAGACAGGUGUUUAAAAAAGGUAACGGAAGGGGUGGAGACGUUUGAGGACAUUUGGCAGAAGGUUCACAAUGCCACUAACAGUAACCAGAAGGAGAAGUAUGAGGCAGAUCUCAAGAAGGAAAUUAAGAAACUCCAGAGGUUACGAGAUCAAAUCAAGUCUUGGAUCGCCUCCGGAGAGAUUAAGGAUAAGAGUACACUUUUAGAAUAUAGGAAACUAAUAGAAACGCAAAUGGAAAGGUUCAAAGUAGUGGAACGGGAGACGAAGACGAAGGCGUACUCGAAGGAGGGCCUCGGCGCCGCGCAGAAGCUAGACCCCGCGCAGAAGGAACGCGACGAGAUGUCCGCGUGGCUCGUGCAGUCCAUCGACGCGCUCAACUUACAGGUUGAUCAGUUCGAGUCGGAGAUCGAGUCGCUGCUGGUCGGCAAGAAGAAGCGGCUGGACAAAGAGAAGCAGGAUCGCAUGGAGGAGCUCAAACAGAAGCUAGAGAAGCACCGCUUUCACAUCAAAAAGCUCGAAACCCUGCUGCGCAUGCUAGACAACAUGUCCGUUGAAGUUGAACAGAUAAAAAGGAUCAAAGACGACGUAGAAUACUACAUAGACUCAUACUUAGAACCCGGCUUCGAAGAAAACGAGUACAUAUACGAUGAUAUCAACGGUUUGGACGAGAUAGAACUCAGUGGCGUCGGGCUACCAUCCUCCGCGACUACAGACUCUAAUAGUAACGAGUCAAACGGCUCGCCCACUAGCAUUAUAUCAGGUACUUUACAUAGAACAAGUCCCAUUCCGUCUCCCACGUUAGAAGUCCACAACCACUCCACAGAUUCCAUAGACAUUGAGAAGAAAAAGAAAGAGGAGGUCAUAGCGAAACCGGUAAAGCCCCUGCCGCUGCGGGCGGCGAACAGCGUGGUCAGUAAUAGCACGUCACUCGUUAGUUCCUUGCUCAAUAACUCUGCCGCCUCCACCAAUAGCAUAAACAAUACGGGCGUGUCGGGCGCGUCCACGCCCAACAAGCAGCCGCCGCCGCCCAGCCCGCCGCAGCCGCAUCCUCAUCCGCAUCCGCACCCCCCGCACGCCGCGCAUCCGCACCGGCAGCCUAACAACACUGCUCUGGCGCUGGCCGAGUACUCGCCCGAGGAGGCGCCGCCCGCCGCGCCCGCGCACGAGCCGCGCGUCUACAGCGCCAAACUAGUGGAGAACGGCCCCCUCCCCGCCGCGCCGCACCCCGCGCAGCCCGCGCCCGCGCCGCCGCCACCGACGUCAAAGAGUUCUAUCGCGCCCGCGCCCAGUGUUCCCACGGAACCCGCCGUGUCCCCUCUCACCGUCAACGGCCCCCUCCACCACCAUCCACACACGCCGCAACACACAGUCAAUAAUGGGCGAGGUGAGGCGACGACGCCACUACUGGCCGGCGCGGGCGGCACCGCGUCGCUCAAGAGCAUGGCACAGGAGGCAGUGCAGCGAGCGGGGCUAACCACACAAGGACAAAGCGUGCGGCGAGGCGCGGCGCUGGCGCAGGCGCACAUCCCGCCGCUACUCGGGGUCGCGCCGCUCGGCCCGCUACCUCUCAACUCGGAGCACCAGCUACAGUUCCAGAUGAUGGAGGCGUCGUUCUACCACAUGCCGCACCCCAGCGACUCGGAGCGAGCGCGACACUACCUGCCCCGCAACAUCUGCCAGACUCCACAGUACUACAACCAGGUGGUAGUCCCGCACUCAGACAGCGUGGAGUUCUUCCAGCGACUAUCGACAGAGACUUUAUUCUUCGUGUUCUACUACAUGGAGGGCAGCAAGGCGCAGUACCUGGCCGCCAAGGCGCUCAAGAAGCAGAGCUGGCGGUUCCACACCAAGUACAUGAUGUGGUUCCAGCGACACGAGGAGCCCAAGCUCAUCAACGAGGAGUACGAGCAGGGCACGUACAUCUACUUCGACUACGAGAAGUGGGGCCAGCGCAAGAAGGAGGGCUUCACGUUCGAAUACAAGUACUUAGAGGACCGAGACCUGAACUGAGCCCUCGAGGUGUGCGACAGAGACAGUAGCGCAACAACCCGUGUCUAGUGCAAUGGUGCAGGAGUCUAACUCCACAGAACGGUCGGUUCGGUUCGUUCCUAGUUUCAAUUUGCAACUUUUUAUGGACACUAAAAAGUAUGAGUAACAUUUGAAAUAGUCACAAUCACUGACGACGCUAGCGUCGCCGUAUCGCGGAUUCCGUUGCGUCAGUAUUUUUUAUAUUUCUCAGUAGAGUAAGUUAAGUAUUUCUGUGAUGAAUUUUCCAAUAAUGAAAAAAAAAAGAUGGUAAUGUCUGAUUUUUUAAUUAAGUAAACGUUGAAUCGAUCUGUUGUAAAAUAACUUUGCACGCUGGCAGUUUGUAUUAUUGUUGUACACGGUUUUUUGUAUCGAAUUUGCAUGUGAACGAAGUAAGCGAAAGAUAUCAUGUGAUGCAACUAGCUUCCGCCGUUGGUCGGUUAUUAUAGAUAACAAUGUGAUAUUGAUAUAGGGACCCCGGGCUUACAGCGCUGCGUCUGCGACAUGGCUCCUCCACUAGACUCGCGACUAAACAUGUUAUUGUAGUCUUCAGUUCCGAGCUCAAAGCCUAGCCGUGAUAAACCCAAUGACGUAUUCGGUUUUCACAGCUACGAAAAAAGGUUAUAAAAUAGUUUUAUAGCCUUUUUUGCCGAGCUCAAACAUUUAGACAUCACAAUUAGGAAAACGCUAGGUGAAUUAUGUUGUCUAGGCUACCUUUAGAUUUAGUACCUAACUCGACCCGCUCAGUGGGACCCGUAUAGUUAUAGAACAUCCGUAGUAUAAUGAGGCCCAUGACGCACCCGCAGCGCCGCGGCAUCACCGAGCAACUAAAUAAUAUGCUAGUCGUAGUAUUCAACAACAGUGUGCCUAUUUAGGUAAGUCAGUUAUAACCUGCCGCAGAGCCCGGGGUGUUUGAUUUAUUAACUUGUGUAUAGUCGCCUAGGGGAGGCGAGGCUCGACCGCAUGUCGGCCUCGCGCCGCUCGAGCGGUAAAGCUGGCUUUGCGACCGCGCGGUGUCUCCUCCCUACUGUCAGGCGGUGCCAUCCACUGAAGAUAUCGUGUAUCGAGUUUUUUUACAUUACGAGGCGAAAUUUUAUACUAUCGGCGAAAAAACGUAUGAAAUUUAACAUUCCAACGUUUAUGUAAAAGACCCAGUCGACUGGCACGUUCAGAAACUAAUUUACUUUUCACCUUGAGUACGUUUUUUGUACUGCUCGGGAAAACUUUCUGAACGUUCCGUACGUGACGUUACGCGAAGUCGACACGUGUGGAUGGCGCCGCGCUGACGGCCCCGAUACAUAGCAAUAAAGGCCGCGCGGCCGCCUAGCUGUAAGACAUCCAGUGUGAUUCAUUACAUAGAAAUAAUACACUUUUUCACCGCCCAUUGUGAAAUUUAAUAAAAAGAAACCUAUGUGAUUUGUACAUUUAAUUUUAAUUAGUGCAUUUAAAUUGAACAAAAGUAUAUAAAUUGUGUAAGAGCAUUGUAUGUAAAUCACUGCCACGAUUGUAUUAUAUUCGGAUAAUUAGAAUUAUCGUCGGUUUAAUUUGUACUUAUUUAUUUGUGAUAAAUUAUUUGUAUGCGUCAGACACUCGGGGGGGUGGGGGUGGGGGGUGAGACAGUGUAUUAUUGUCGACUGCCGGCCGCGAGCCUUGUCGUCGACCGUACAUCUGACCGCUGUACGUACGGGGCUCUCCCAGAAUUGUUGCACUUGCCUUGCGCGAACAUUGAAGCCUUCCGUCUCGUUCCGUGUGAGUUGUGUGAGGGUGGUUGUUGCGCGGAGCUGCGCCGGACCGGACCGGACCGGACCCGGACCGGAUCCCGCCGGACCGGACCGGACGGCGGCGAGCGGACGCAGCGCGCGAUCUCGUUUAUUCCGUGCGUGAUGUUGAUAGUUUUCACUUUUGUAAAAAGUCUAUCGUGAGAGCAGUUGAAAAUGUGGUAAAUAAUAAUUUAAAAAAUUAUCUGUACAGUUCUAUUUGUAUAGAAAUAAUAAAUAACGAUUAAAAAAAUUUAAAACAAUGUUGUGAUUUCUUCUAAACGGUUAAGUUAAGUGCGCGGGCGUCGUUUACAGGCGCGGCGCUUUUUGGCAUUUCUUUUCUUAUUUAUUUUUUUAUUGAAAGAGAUGACUGUUUAUUUUGUAGAAUAAACUGUAAGAAACCAUUUUAA